UGCUGCGCCGCGCCAGUUACCAUGGAGCCGGCUGGGCCCUGUAGUUUCUGCCCGGCUGGAGAGACCCAGCCAGCUCGGUACACCUGCCCUCGCUGCAAUGUGCCCUACUGCUCACUGCGCUGCUACCGGGCGCACGGAACCUGCGCCGAAGCCUUCUACCGGGACCAGGUGCUGGGAGAGCUCCGCGGCCGCAGCUCCUCUCCGAGCCGCCUGGCAGGUGCUCUGCGCCGGCUGCGCCAGCAACGCGAAACCGAGGACUUGCCUGAAGAAGCAGGCCAAAGUUCUGGCCCGGCGCCUGGCGCCGUUUCAGGACUCUGGGAACGGCUAACGCCGGCCGAGAAGGCUGCCUUCGAGCGGCUGCUGAGCCGCGGCGAGGCGGGCUGGCUGCUGCCCCCAUGGCGGCCGUGGUGGUGGGGCCGCGGGACCGAACCGCGGCUUCUGGAGGAGUUGGAUGGUGGCCCCGGCGGGGACCCUGAGGAGCCGGCGAAGGAUGCCGCCACCACCGCGGGGCCGGCUCCCGAAGACCCUGCUCGCGCGCCGCCCGUGCCAUCCCGCAUCCCCACGCUGGCCAGUCUGAGCCGCAGCCCCGCCUCGCCGCUCGUACGCUUCCAGCUGCCUAAUGUGCUGUUUGCCUACGCGCACGCACUCGCCCUCUAUCACGGCGGGGACGACGCGCUGCUCUCCGACUUCUGUGCCACACUGCUUGGCGUCUCCGGAGCCCUGGGUGCCCAGCAAGUCUUCGCCUCGGCGGAAGAAGCCCUGCAGGCCGCAGCCCACGUGCUGGAAGCAGGCGAGCACCCUCCAGGGCCUCUGGGCACACGGGGUGCGAUGCAGGAGGCCGCCCGAAUUCUGCGGGGUGAGGGUCCGGCAGACCGCAAAGGCUACACGCUGGCAGCGCUGGGGCACCUAGCACAGACCCUGGGCCGGGCCCGGAAACAGACUAUGGCUACAGAAGAGCGAGAUCGUCUCUACCGCGCGCGCAAGAAGUGCCAGUUCUUGCUGGCUUGGACCAACGAAAAUGAGGCAGUCCUCACUCCUCUGGCACUAGACUGCAUCAUGGCCCACCGAGCCCAUGCCGUGGCAGCAGAGGAGAUUGCAGCUCUCACUGGGGAGCUGGAGCAGCUUUGGGGAGGCCCUGUGCCACCUGCCCCAAAGACUCUCAUUGAGGAGCUUCCUGGCUGAAUGGGGACCCGUGUCAUUAAUAAAACUUGACUGAUUUGCCCACUG